UACUGAGUAUCGAGCCUUCCUGUCAAUUACCCGGUCAAAUUUCGCCACAAAGUGCCGGAAUCUAUCAAUCUGAUGCUUUCCGUUUCCGAUAACUGCUCGUCGGAAGCGCUCGAGCACCUCAAGAAAUCCAAAACCCCAGACUUGGAACGGAAGAACUCUUUCAACUCAAUCCAACCUUAUUUCUCGCUACAAAGCCCUCGCUCAUGGCUCAUCCUCGCCCUUUUCUCGCUCCAAGUCUACCUCCUCCUCACGGCUCGCUCCAUCCCAGGCAGCAGCCGACAUUUCUCCCCGCCGUACGCCGCCGACGAGAGCAUUCCCUGUUCGUCCGGUAAGGUUUAUGUCUACGAUCUCCCACGCGUUCUCAACAACGAAUUACUCGAAAGAUGUAGCGAGUUAAGCCCCUGGGCGUCCAGAUGCGAGGCGUUUUCGAACGAGGGUUUCGGCCCCAAAGCCACCGGGCUCCGCGGAAUCGUACCGGACAAACUGACGGAUUCGUGGUUCUCGACGGACCAGUUUGCGACCGAGAUUAUAUACCACAACCGAAUUAUGAACCACCGGUGCCGGACCACCGACCCGGAAUCUGCCACCGCGUUCUACAUUCCGUUCUAUGCCGGACUGGCGGUUGGGAAGUAUCUAUGGAAAAAUUACAGUGCCAAGGACCGUGAUUAUCACUGCGAGAUGAUGCUGAGAUGGGUCCAGAGCCAGCCGUACUGGAAGAGAUUGGACGGCUGGGAUCACUUCAUCACGAUGGGGCGUAUCAGCUGGGACUUCCGACGGUCGAAAGACGGCGACUGGGGGUCGAGCUGUAUAUAUAUGCCGGGAAUGAGAAACAUCACGCGUCUUCUGAUCGAGCGAAACCCGUGGGACUACUUUGACGUCGGUGUUCCUUACCCCACCGGAUUCCACCCCUCGACGGCCUCCGACGUUGUCACGUGGCAGGGCUUCGUCCGGACACGUCACCGGACUACGCUCUUCUGCUUCGCCGGCGCGACGCGUGGCUUCAUCAAGAACGAUUUCCGGGGCGUCUUACUGGGCCAGUGCUACGGCCAGCCCGAGUCCUGCCGGGUCGUGGACUGUGCCGGGUCGAAAUGCUCCAACGGGUCGUCGGCGGUCCUGGAGACGUUUCUCGGAUCGGAGUUUUGCUUGCAGCCGAGAGGCGAUAGCUUCACCCGGCGGUCGAUUUUCGACUGCAUGGUAGCCGGAUCGAUCCCGGUUUUCUUUUGGAACCGGACUGCUUACUCCCAGUACCAGUGGUUCCUCCCGGACGAACCGAAAAGCUACUCGGUUUUCAUAGACCGGAACGCCGUCGAGAACGGCGCCUCCAUUAAAAUGGAGCUCGAGAAAUUCAGUAAAGAAGAGGUGAGGAGGAUGAGGGAGAAGGUGAUUGAUUACAUACCCAACAUUGUAUAUGCGAGGCCCAAAGAGGGCUUGGAGGGUAUGAGAGACGCCUUUGAUAUUGCCAUUGAAGGGGUUUUGAGGAGAAUCAGAGUGCAAGGAGGAGGGUACAAGUGGUAAAUGGGGAAGAAGCAGCUGUAUCAUCAGUUAUAAAAAUUGUGUAUCUUGAUGGGCGCCAUGGCCGGCCGGCUUAGUAUAUAUAGGCGUCAACAACGGAUUGAAGUACGAGGUCAUUAGACAAUAAUCAAUACAUAGAAAAGCAUUAUUCCUGUUUAUAUUAUUAAUGCAUAUAUUUAUAUGUUGUUUAUGCAAAA